UUUAAGUUAAGAACGCUCUAUAAAAUUAUUAUAGAAAGUUGCUAAAAUGGCGGCAAAUGGCAAUGUAAAAAUAGUUUCUAAUGAUUUAAGUUUUUUGUCUGAAAUCCAAAAUGCUGGAUCAAAGUUAGUUAUAAUAGAUUUUCAUGCUACAUGGUGUGGUCCGUGUAAAAAUAUUGCUCCUGUGUUUGUACAAGAAAGUCUUAAGUAUCCCAAUAGUGUAUUUCUCAAAGUAGAUGUAGAUGUUUGUACAGAGACUGCUCAUAAGUAUGGCAUAAAUGCCAUGCCAACGUUUGUAUUUGUACUGCAAGGAAAAAAAAUUGACGAACUAAGAGGCGCAGAUCCUAAAGCUUUAAUUGCGAAAAUUAAACAACAUUCUGGCGACUCCAUAGGUACUGGUAGUAAUUCUGCAGGAGAAUCAGAGGUUCCUGGUCAUUCUGAUCUCAUAAGCUACAUAACGGCAUCAGGGUGCAAUUGUUUAAAUGAGAGCGAUGAACACACUCAUGCAAACAUUUUCAAAAAAGAUAACACAUACCUCGAAAGUGAUUGUGACGAGCAAUUGCUGUUGUCAAUCACUUUUAAUCAGGCAAUGAAAGUACAUUCACUUAAAAUUGAUGCACCUACUGACGGAAGAGGUCCUAAAUUUGUGAAAUUGUUUGUAAACCAGCCAAGCGCGAUAGGAUUUGAUCAAGCAGAAAGUAUGGAAGGUGUUCAGCACAUAGAUUUAACAGAGGAAGAUAUUACAGGAGAGAAAUUAAUUCCGCUUCGAUUUGUUAAAUUUCAAAAUGUUACCAAUUUAGUGAUUUUUUUUGCAAGUAACCAGGGUAGCGAAGAAACAACUGUGAUCAAAUAUUUAAAAAUAAUUGGAAGUCCAGUCGAAUCAACAAAUAUGAAUGACUUCAAACGAAUUGCUGGCAAAGCAGGAGAAAGUCAUUAAAGCUUUUGUUAUAUUGUUUAUUAAAUAUAAGUUACUAA